AUGGCUCGUGAGUAUAAUAAUCUGAGAUACACAAAUGGUUGCACUGGGGGUAGCUGGCGCGGUGCCAACGAACAAUUCUCCGGACUCGAUUUGUUUCGCAAUUUUGUUUGGGAUGAAGAGCGAGAUGACGAAUUGUUAGAUUCAGUGACGCAUAGUGUGUAUGAACUUAACCAAGGCGGUAAAGUUCCUAUAAUCGAUAUCGGUGCUAUUGAUUCAUGUCAAGAGCUAAACGCUUCGCCGUUAGUACAGCCUUCCGUUAUUCCUGUCCAUGACCCACGCAUUGUCUUUUCGCGUAUGCGUAAGAAAAGUUCUUGUUAG